AUGGCCGUUUUUCUUUCGCGGACGUUCUGCGAGGCGAGUUCGGCGACUUACGUUACUUACGAACAGAACUACCAAAUUGGAGCACGCCGAGCAGCCGCAAGCCCGCAACUCCGAGGGGCUCUGCCGCAAGGUCGUCCGCGGCGCGUUCCGUCCACGCAGAGCGUGAGCCCUCAGAAUCUUCAAAGACUGCAGACGUUCCCGAGGCAUCGACUUCAGGCGUCGGUCGCCGUCCCUCGACCCCGAGGAAUUUCGACGCGAGGUCGUCGGAGGAACGACCUCGGCAGGCGGGACGGAAACGUCUCCGCCGUCUUCCGGGGACGACGAAGGGCCCGCAGUGUCUGCAUCCAGCGUCCAGCGCCGUUCCGCAGGGGCCGAACCCCCGCCAGAAAGACGUCCGCCGACCCCGGCACGCCAAGCUCCUGCACAGCCAUCGCCGGCGGCAUGCCGAGCUCCAGCGCCACCGGCACCGGAGCCUUUGGCAUCAAAGGGACCCAGCACCGGCCACCGGUACCGGAGUCUUUGGCAUCAAAGGCGAAAGUCUACCUCUCCCAGGGGGGGCAAUCGGAGGUCGAAGCAUCGCACUCCACCCUGGCUCAAGGACAUCCGUCACCUCCAGAGGACCACGCGGCUCCUCAUUCCGCGGCUGUCGUUUGCGAGGCGUCGGAGCUCUUCGUGACAAACUUCCUGUCGGCGAGUUACCUGUUCUCCCUCCACGCGAAGAGAAAGACCCUGAUGAGGAAGGACGUGAUUUUCCUCCAGGACCUCCAAGAUAUUUGGCACCAGCCUCGCCACGGACUUCUGAACUUUUCGGCGGAUUUUAUUUAUUUAUUUAUUUACCCUCAAGGACCUGAGGCAUUAUAAUGGAUUAAAUUUCAUAAGAUAGUACAACAUUGUGCAGUUAUUAAUAAAGACAAAUAAGAGGCGCCUAAUCAUACAAUGAUAGCUAAGGCGUUCUUGAAAAGAUUGUGGUCUUCGAUGGCUGCCGUAGGUGCGGGAAGGCGAUUCCACUCAUCUGAUGUGCGUGGGAAAAAGGACUCGAAAAAAGCGUUAGUUUUGCAGAGUGGAAUUCCAGCCUUAAAAGCAUGAUCCAACCUGGAUGAGAUAUACGGGGGAGGCAAAAUAAAAUCGUGGCGCAGAUAUGGGUGAUGAAAGAGCUUGUGAAAUAGACAUAGUCGAAGUAAUUUACGGCGAGAUGCUAGAGUUGGUAGGUUGAAGCUAGGUUUCAUUGAGCUUAUGCUGGCAGUUCUGUUAUAGUUAGAUAGGAUAAAACAAACUUAAUUAUUUUGAACCAUUUCAAGUGAACCUAUUAAGUUUUCUUGGUAAGGAUCCCACACAGAUGAAACAUAUUCAAGUUUUGAACGGAUUAGUGUUUUAGAUAACAAAAGUUUUAAUGACGAAGGGGCUUUUGAAAGGUUACGUUGGAUGUACCCAAGCAUUCUGUAAGCGUUGUUAGUAACAUACGAGAUGUGAGGGUUCCUGGUGAGAUCGGCUGUAAUGUGAAUACCAAGGUAUUUGAAAGCAGUGACGGCAUCAAGGGGACGGUGAUUUAGAAA